CAUUUACCUGCACAGGUGUGAUAAUCAUGCUGCUCCGCCCCUGUCCACUAGGCGGCGGUAGUUCAGAAAUCACAUCCUUUAAACCACAAGGAAGGAAACGUCACUUCUUAUUCUGUCACCAAAGUAAACAAGUGGUUCGGUCGGUUCGGUUCAAACCGGGCCAGAAGCAGCACCAACAUGGCGGCGGUGGACGUGGAGGACGAGAGCAUCCUGGUGUCCGUGUUUAGGGCCAGUUUCCCGGACAACUGGAGGGAGCAGCCGGACCUGCCCGGCUACCUGUCCGAGCUCAGCUCCUUCGGGGUGGACAAGCUGAGCCGGGAACCGGAGCGGCUGGCGGAGGAGCGGGCCCACAUCCUGCAGCAGACCCGGGAGCUAGCCUUCUCCAACUACCAGACCUUCAUCCGAACCGCGGACUGCACCGAGCACAUCUACCGGGACUUCGGGCGGGUGGAGAGCAGCGUGUCCCGGCUGCUGGACAAGCUGCCCCGCUUCGGAGAGAAGUGCAGGACCUUCAUGAAGGAGGCGGAGGAGAUCGGUGCCAGCCGCAGGAUGAACAGCCUGACUCUCAACCGCCACACCGAGAUUCUGGAGAUCCUGGAGAUCCCUCAGCUCAUGGACACUUGCGUCAGAAACGGCUACUACGAGGAGGCGUUGGAGCUGGCGGCGUACGUCAAACGGCUGGAGAAGAAGCACGCCUCGCUGCCGGUCAUCCAGGGCAUCGUGCGUGAAGUGCGUCAGUCUGCUCAGCUGAUGCUCAGCCAGCUGUUACAGCAGCUGCGGACCAACACCCAGCUGCCCGUGUGUCUGCGUGUCAUUGGCUACUUGCGGCGGAUGGAUGUGUUCACGGAGGCGGAGCUUCGAGUCAAGUUCCUGCAGGCUCGGAGCACCUGGCUGACCUCCAUCCUCGCUGCCAUUCCUGUGGAUGACCCUUACUUCCACAUCACCAAAACCAUUGAGGCUUGCAGAGUCCACCUGUUUGACAUCAUCACUCAGUAUCGCGCCAUCUUCUCCGACGAUGACCCGCUGCUGUCGCCCGGCCAGGCUCCUGUGAACGAGAGCUCCAUCUUCCAUGGUUGGGUGGUGCAGAAGGUGGCAGAGUUCCUGGAGACGUUGGAGCGGGACCUCCAGCGGGGCGUGGGCGGCCGUCUGGACUCCCUGUUGGGACAGUGUAUGUACUUUGGCCUGUCCUUCAGCAGGGUGGGGGCGGACUUCCGUGGACAGCUGGCCCCGAUGUUCCAGCGGGUGGCGGCUGAAACGUUCCGCAGGGCGGUGAAGGAGGCUUUGGACAAGUUCCAGGAGGACAUGAACCUUUAUACUUUGAUGGCCCUGCCCUCAGUGUUGGGUGGUACCAUCCCCCCAGUUGUCCCCAGCGUCCAGCCUGGGACUCUUCAGCCCCCCAUGUCCCUGCUGGACUUCCAGCCUCUGGCGUGCUUCCUCAACAACAUCCUGAGCGCCUUCAAUGACCUGCGGCUGUGCUGCCCCAUCGGGCUGGCGCAGGACGUCAGCAGCUGUCUGGAGGACGCCCUGAAGAUGGUGACCCGUCAGAUUCUGGUGUUCCAUCGAGCUGAGGAGUCGGUCUUCAGCACCAGGGAGAAGGAGCUGUUUGUUCAGUUCUGCUCGUCCUACGCUGAAGACCUGCUUCCCUUCCUGAACCGCUGCCUGCAGGUUCUGUUCCCUCCAGCUCAGCUGGCGCUGGUUCUGGGUGUUCCCGUCUCCCAGCUGCACAGGUACGGUGGGCUCGGCUGCAUCAACGUGGGUUUGGUUCUGCAGCCACUGGACUUCCUGUUACCUCAAAAGGAACCGGCGCCGGAGGUGGAUGUAACAGCUGAGCUGGGCAGCCUCACCUUUGACCUGCAGCUCCCAGAACCAGCACCCAGUCAGCCCAGUACACCUGAGCCUGAUGAAGAGAAGGGACAGGAGGAAGAGGGUUCUGACUGAGCGGGUCUUUGGGGUUCUGGACUCUGCCCAGCUCUGAUUCAGACGGCAGAUAUUUUCAUUAGUUUUCUUUUUUCACAGUUCCGACUUGGCAGGUUUUGUUCUGGGAUUCAGCUAGAGAACCGGGACCAGCUGCCGGUGCCACAGAGCCUACAGGUCCAGUUUGAACUGGUUCUGUUCUGACCUGAACCUUUGAGUUAGGAGCCGUUUUGUGCAACUGAUAGAGAAGUCUGCCAAAGCCCUUCAGGGGCUCUGAAGAACCGAUCCAGAACCAUUUGGAAGGACCUGGCUGCUGGUCAGGAGAUCCGAUCCGGAUCAGGGGCCCGACAGCUGUUCUACUGGGUUCUUGGUUGCAUCGUUAAUCAAAAGCCAGCUGCUCUGACAAAUGGAGCCACUGACUAUUUUCGGUGUCAUUAAAGGGGACAUAAUAUAAAUAUA